AUGCCAGAUUCCAACGACCACGACAAGCUGGAGGAAGAAGACCAUGCCGAUAUCAAGCCGCAAAGAGUGCUACACGACAGUGGCGAGACGGGUGUCCCUGAUUUGAGAAUUCUUCAUUUCAACGAUGUUUAUCAUCCACACGGCAGUGAAGAAGAACCAAAAGGAGGCGCGGCUCGUUUCAAGACCCUAUGCGAUUACUACCGCAACGACUCACAAUUCCAAGACGCCCCGAAACCCUUGACGUUUUUCUCCGGAGAUGCAUUCAACCCCAGCAGCGAAAGCUCCGUCACGAAAGGGGGCCAUAUGAUCCCAGUUCUCAACGAACUUGGAAUCGAUGCGGCUUGUGUAGGCAACCACGAAUUCGACUUUGGAGCAGCGCAUUUUGCUUUCUUAGCCAAGGAUUGCAACUUUCCAUGGCUGCUGGCCAAUCUCUUCGAUCCUAAUUUGAGGAAGGAUGGUGCCGAGCUACAUCCCCUGGGUGGCUGUAAACGCACCAUGAUGCUGACGACUUCGAAUGGAAUCAAGGUUGGAAUCAUGGGUUUGGUGGAGAAAGAGUGGACGGAGAAGAUCGACAAAUCUUUGCCUACUAAUGUGGAAUUCCAUGAUAUGGAGGAUGUGGCGAGAAUAUUGGCGCCGCAGCUUCGGGAUCAGGGUGCGGAUAUUGUUAUCGCAUUGACGCAUGCUAGACAGCAGAGAGACCAUCAUUUCUGCAAGGCCAUACCAGCCGGAUUAAUCGACAUCGUUCUCGCGGGGCAUGAUCACUGGGUGGAGCAUAGGAAGUUUGACAAUGGUACCGUUCUGCUCAGAUCCGGAUUUGACUUCAAGAAUCUCACCCAUACUGAGGGAUUUCGUCAAAAGGACGGAAGUUGGAAAUUCAACAUUGUACGAAGAAACCUGAUUGGUGAUAUCAAGGAGGAUCCCACAGUCAAGAAACACUGCGAAGACAUUGUGGCCGAUGUUCAUCGUAAGAUGCAAUGCCCACUGGGCUUGACUGCCGUCCCACUGGAAGCAAGGAACGAGAAUUGCCAGACACAGGAGGUCAACUAUGGGAACUUCCUGGCUGAUCUCAUGCGAGUCUAUCACGGAGCAGACUGCGCUAUAGUGACCGGAGGAACAUUCAAAGCAGACAAGAUCUUCCACUCUGGACGACUCUUGGUCAAAGAUAUCGUGGACACCUUUCCGUUCGAAGACCCGGUAGUGGUUCUUAGAGUAUCAGGGAAGUCCAUCCGAGAAGCUCUCGAAAAUGGUGUGAGCAAAUACCCAGAGCCAUAUAUCGGCUUCCCCCAAGUGUCCAACAUCUUCUUCUCAUUCGAUCCCAAAGCGGAAGCCGGCAGCCGCAUACAGACCAUCAGACUUAAUGGCGAGGAUAUGGUCGACGAGAAGCGUUACACAGUAGCAACUCGAGCACUUUUAGCUUUCGGGAGUCGUGGCUACAAGUCCUUCAGAGCGGAAAGAGUUGGCGGAGACGCCGAGGAAGUGAUUGACGAGGAAAAUGGCGUCCUCGUCACAGGGAUGUUGCGCCAAUAUUUCACUUGGGUUCAGACCGCCGAGGCCUUCAAAGCGCUUUCAUGCGAUGGGAAUGAGCUGGAAUGCCAUCGACAACAAGUCACGAGUCAUUUGGGACGGUCUUUUGCUCGAUGGCGUAAUGAUGAGGAGAAAGUUGAGCUGAUUAAGAAGAAGGUCAUAUGGAAGUGGAAACGACUGGCAAAGACGCAAUUCGAUGUUGAACGCAUGAUGCGAGCUGGCGAUGGCGAAUUCUUUCCUGGAUGGUCGAGGGGAGUGGCUCCGAGAGUUGAAGGCAGGAUUACAUKCUCUCAAACGAGUGCAUAA